CCGCCUGGGGCUCUCACGCCGCGUGCGAGCAUACGUAGCGGCGCGAGCGGCGGCGGUUGGCGGGUAGCGGCGCGAGCGGGUCCGCGCAGGGAGUUUACCCGAUUUCGAGAAGGCCGGGAAUUCUCGCCAGCCCUUCAUGGCGGACAGAGACAGUGAGGGUGAGAGUGAGAGUGGGGCGCCGGCCGAGGCCGCCGUGCUCCAGGACUCUCCGUUAACGCCUCCAGACCCGCUCCCCGAAGGAGAAGAAGAGAGCACAGCAGCGGCCAGGGAGGAUGAGGAGGCGGCGGAUGAGGCCUCGCCUACUGCCGGACCCCCACCGCCGCCGCCGUUGCUACUGCAGACCCAGGAGUUGGCCUCGAAGCGGGUGGAUAUCCAGAACAAGCGCUUCUACCUGGAUGUCAAGCAGAACGCCAAAGGCCGCUUCCUGAAGAUUGCCGAGGUGGGCACAGCGGGCCGAAAGAGUCGGCUCACCGUCUCCAUGCCGCUGGCGGCCGAGAUGCGCGACCGGCUGGGCGACUUCAUCGAACACUACGCGCAACUCGGGCCCGGCGGAGGAGGAAUUGGCGACGCCAGUUCCCGCAGGCCUCCGCCGCCGCACCACCAUCACCACCUCCACCCGCCGAUCCAAGCCCAGCCACAAGCUCGGGCCCCGCUGGCUCCAGGGGAGGUGCCGCCGCAGCGGGUUCUGAAAAGCGAGUACCUAGUGCGGGAAAACCGCAAGUAUUACCUAGACUUGAAGGAAAACCAGCGCGGCCGGUUCUUGCGCAUCCGCCAGACCAUGAGCCGAGGCCCGGGUUGGGGCUACUCGGGACAGGGACAGACCAUCGCCCUCCCUGCCCAAGGCCUCAUCGAGUUUAGGGACGCUUUGGCUCGGUUGAUCGAGGAUUUUGGCGUUGGCGGCGGGCCAGGUCCGGGAGGCGGAAGCGGCGAUCUGGGCGACGGCACAUUAGCUCUUGUGCCGCCAGAGCUGCCCGAAGGGACCUCUGUGCCCGUUGACAACAAGAGGUUCUUUUUCGACGUCGGCUCCAAUCGCUACGGGGUGUUUCUGAGAGUGAGCGAAGUCAAGCCGGCUUACCGCCACUCCAUCACCGUCCCCAGCAAAGCCUGGGCCCGUUUCGGCGAUAACUUCAUCCGGUACGCCGAGGAGAUGAGGGCAAUCCAGGAGAAACGCAGGGACAGGAGAGCCGAGCUGUCAAGGGAGACAGUGGCGAACAGUGAAGAGGAAGAAGAGGAAGACUGACAUCCAUACAACCUACCAACAGAAAUAAGACUGACUUCUCGUUAAAACCUUCACGGAAAAAUGUGCAUCUACUCUACGUGAACAGUUACAGCCUGCCUGCUACACUGCUUGACCUGCUGAGCAUUCCCAGCGCUUUCUAUUUCUGCUUCUAAUUUGAUUUGGUUCUAAACAUUCCUUACUUAUUGGCCCAAUCUGAGUAGAAUUUGUUGCAGUUUCUUCCAUUGCCUCCCCUCUGCACCCCCCCAAAUUUAUUAUUCUAUUAGAUUUUAUAAUUGGAUUUGACAUGUAGUCACCUUUUUAAAUGGAAGUGAAAUAAGCACAUUUUUGCCUGUUAGUUUGCACUGCUCACCGCAUAUGGAUUGAUAGUGCAGUUGUAUGUGUUAAGCAGUGCAGAUUAAGGUGAAAAAUGUAGAUCCAAAUGAUAUGUAUCGGAAAGUUGCUGCUCUGAAUUUCAUGUACAAUUAUGUACCAAUUGUAUGCAUCCUGACAUUGUCAUUCUACAACUGUGGCAGUUCCUUGCAUUUUGUACUGCUCCAAGUGAGGAGAUAUUUGCUCAUCUGACAUUCAAAGCUAUGGUGAAUUAGGUAUAGGGUUUGAUUUGUGAAGAAACUAUAAUGCCUUAUGCAGGCAUGCUCUGUGGUAUAUAUGUUUAGUCAACAAUUGUGUGAAAGGCAAUAGAAUUUGGGUAUUCUUUGCAAUCUAGACACUUUUUCCUUUUUUGAAAAGCAUUUAGAAAUCUUUUAGAACUUUAUUCUUGUUCAUUCAUUUAUUGAGUGUACAAUUAAAUAUGUCCAUUGUGAUGGAGUUGUUUUUAGGAGAGGGAAAUCAGUUAAUCUAUUGAUACAAAUAUUUAGUUUACUGAUGUUUCAGGACAUUUAAUCAGGUCAAACCCAUUGGUGAAAUUAUGGUGUUAUUAUUUCGUUGUUUGGCAUGUCAUUGGUGAUUUCAAUUUGACUUUUGUCUGAAGAUCUACAAAUCAAGAUGCUAAUUUUCAGUCUUUUGAAAUAGCUUUUGUUUUUGCUUUGAGCUAUAUGUUGUAUUUUCACAAGGUUAUUAAUCUGCUUAUAUAUGAAACACUUGCAUGAUGUCAAUUUCAUCAUUUGAAGUUUACAAUAGAUAAGAGUAUCUUUUUGUUCAAUCACAUUUUUCUACAAUAGUGUGCAUUAUAUACAUUUUAAAUUGAUUAUGUUUAUCCAUUAGGUUUAAAGGUCUAUGGCUCUUAGUGCUGCACUAUCAAAGAGUCAACAUUGAAAAAUAUUGGGAAGCAAUUUCUUGCAGCAAUCAAUGCUGAUACUACUUCUGGGUGGAUUUUUUUGUUUUUUGGUUAAUUGGAUUACACUUUAAACAUUAUAUUCAAGAAUAGCAUUUUAUGUAGAUAGUGAUUGAGUUGAUGUGGAGUGGGAGAGAUUUGAAUUAAUCAUUGGGCUGGCUUAUGCACCAGCAUUUGGGCAUUGAAACUAAAGUACUGAAACUUGUACAAUGAAAUGUGAAAGAUGGGAACAUAAAGAUUUGAAGGACCAAAUCCCUCAAGUUGUUACAAUAUUGGACUUACAUAGAGGUCAGUGGCAGUACUUGGUGCAGAAUUAAAGUCUCCAUUGAUUUGAGCAAUGGGGCCUAGAGACUUGAAGGAAAGGGGCAUUGUUGUUACUCCUUUUCAGUUUUUUUUAUAAUUUAGUGUUUUAAUUUUACUUUCAAUUUUAAUAUUUUUAAAUGCCUCUGAAUGUGAGAGUUUAAAAACAAUUAAAAUUGACUGCUUUUACACCUAGCAAUACCUGCUCCCAAUUUUGUAGCUGUCAGAGGCUUUAGAGCUCUUAGGGUGUGGUGUCUUUACCCUGCUGCAAAUGACCCCUUUGCAGUCCACACCUUGCUCCCUGGGUCAGAAAGGGGAGCAGUGAGAUAGAUAGGCCUUCCUCAUCCCAAUAGGUGCUGGCAUGGGGCUUGGCCAACAUUGGUUUUACAGCGCUCUCUAUAGAACAUGCCUGUAUUUGGGUUAUGUAUAUUUCAUUUUUAAUAAGAUAUUGGGAAUAAAAAUAUUGCAUGCUAUUUAGUCAUGCCACCUUGUAAUGCAAAUCAUUUUGUCUACAUAUGUAUUUGCUGGAAUGCCAUGCUGCAUUUGUGCUUGAGAGGGGAAAUCUACAAAUCUAGAUCUUAAUCUUCUACUGACCUUAGAUUUUAUUGCAGAGUUCUAAGAAGAGUAAAAUUAUGCAUUUUAUUUUGUGAAUAUAAAAGUCUAUAAUUUGUAGUUUAAAAGGGGAUUUCACAAACAAUUAAAAUUAGAUGGCUUCCCUUUUGUGUUUGCUUAGCACUUCAAAAAAAAAAUAAACUGGCAUGUGAUACAAGGCAUUUGAUAUAAAGCAAAUAUUUUCCAUUAUGGUACAUGAUAUCUUGAUAACAAUUUUAAUGAGUGGAGCUCAAGGAACAUCUGUCAUAUGCUGCCACAAAAUUCCCUGAAAUUAAUAAUCCAUCUCUGGGGUGGAUUUUUCAUUCAUCCAUCCAUCCAUCCAUUAACUUGGCAUGUGGAUCAGCCACUCAUUUUGGAAACCAUUUAAUCUUCAGUUGUGGUUAUGAAACAGUUUCUAUCAGCGACACAACCCAAGUGCCAUCAGUAAAUUAAAUCUAGCCUUUUUUAAACAUUUCCAACAUUUAAUGCUGGCUUUUUUAUUGUUUUAUUCUGUUAUUGUUCAUUGGCAAUUUUACUUGCUGUGUGUACUUGCCAUACUAGGAGAUAAACUAAAUAUUUGAUACUUGCUAAUAUCUUUCCCUGUCUCCAUCUAUAUUGCUUACUAGACCCUCUUAUUUUUGAGAUCCAGAAAAUAUCCUUUGUAGAUUAGAAGUGUAAAUCUACCUCUUGCACUUCCAUACUGUUAUGCUGCCAAAUGAGCAUAUUUCAUACAUAAAUUUUCUGAAUUAAGCCCAGAAAACUGAAGGGAUCCGCUUUCCAAUUCUUAUUUGAGAAUUUGAAUCUCAUAAAUGUGUACUUUGUCAGAGUACAGCCAAAGAUGCAAAAAUAAACUCCAUAAUUUCCAGAUGCGUGUGUGUGUGUGUGUGUGUCCUUUCAAAUCAUAAAUAACUGCCAGCUGUGCUUGUAUUGAACCUAAACAGGAGUAUCUGUCCAUUUAAUAUGCAAACUUUUACUGAUACAUAUGUUUCAAAAUAAAGUGUGUAAGUUAUGUGUUGUGGUCCCAUCUGUGGUUUGCAAAUUAUUGCUCAUGGUUUACAAAAAAACAUCUUAAGUUUGCAAGAUGAUCUGUCUGGUUACUGUUUGUGUACUUUAACAAGACAGCAAGAAAGAAUAUUGGGAGUCCUGAGCUGUUAAGUCUGUGGGCAGCUUGGUAGGGAUAAGUUGGAACUUGGAACAGUUUGGAACAUCGUACAUAGGCAGCAGCUGCAGUCUAUUACAAGUUUAAUAUAUUUGGAUCUUAAACAAGAUGAAGUAAUCAGUUAAAAUAUUCAAAGAAACUUAAAUAGAUUUAAUUGUAUAACCUUUCAUAGAAUCAAACAUUUGCACACGGAUGGUGUCUCGCAGUUGUCAGGUGGGAGUUGGUGUAUAGCUUGGCAGUCUUGGAUAAUCGUAUCUCAGUCAGUGUUGUCAUCUUGAGAAACACUGGGUCAAAAGUAGCAAGCUAUGGACUUAAACUUUCAUUCUUGAGACAUCUACAAUUAAAAAAAAAUAACUGCACAUCAUUCUAGAAGACAGUCCGGUCCCUUCGCUUGAGUACCUGUGUGAUUAGUGUUUAGGAAAAGGGUAUGAUGAUCAAAGUGGUAAGUUAACCCCUGUGCAGUGCUAAAAUAGCUGUUUUUUUUAAACUAUGGUAUUGUAUUUGGAGAACAUAGUUUAAAGAGGAAAUGACCACAGUGACGCUGACACUAUGGCCACUUUGGAUAAAUAAAUGCAGUUCUAAGAAAGUUUGACUUAGCAUCUCAAUUAGAUCACUCGGUAGUUGUCUGAAGCUUAUAGAAAUAAGAUACAAAUUGAUCAAUAGUUUGAAUGCAUAGCGAGGAAUUGCCCUGGGAGCGGAAGGGGAGAACGUUUGAUUAGUAGGAUACUGCACAUUUUUAAAAAAAAAAGCUGUUCUGUUGAGACUGGCUCCACUUACACUGAACCAGGUCCCAAUGUACCAAAUAACUAGAGUAAUAGAUGAGGGUUUAAAUUUUCAGCAGGUAGAUUAGAAGGGUUGGAGCGUGGUAAACUUAAGUGGUGAAAUACAUGGCAAAGUUGUAAUUUCAGUGAGAAUAACUAAAUUGUUAAAAUGUUAAUUUGCAGUGAUAAUAGGGUUCACAUCAGCAUAAUAUUGUAAGCAGUUUGUAAAUGAAGUAAUAGUGAAAAUAAGUAGGUUUCCCCCAAUGCAUUCUGAAUAUAUGGCUGUGCAUAGUGACUGACAGAAGUACAGGUAGUAGAUAUUCUAGAGUACUUAACUUUUAAAAAGCAUGUACAAAAGGUGAAGGAAUAACAUCUUCAAUAAAGAUGUUGGUAACAAAAGAAGAAAAAUAUGGCUUGAAAUGUCAACAUGUAAAAGUGGUUUGAGAAGUAUCUUGGGAAUAAGAGUAGAAAGCUCAUGUCCCCGGCAAUAUUUAUAGUUCAAAACAUAAGAAACACAAUCAUGAGCUAUGCUUCAAUUUCACAUAGUACCCCUUGGUUAGCAGCAUAAUUGUUCAACAGAAUUGUUUAUAAAAAUGAAGUAUAUGUAUAUCUUUAAAUAUUUAGGAUUUGUAGGUUGUGUCAUCUUCUAAUAAUGAACUGUUUUCAUCCCAACACUGUCAUGACCUCAGUCCCAUCUGUAACUCUUUUGCUUCUGCUACAAUGUCUGGGACCACAAGAUGCAAGUCAGUGAUCAUACUGCUUAAUGAAGCAGUGAUGUUUAGAAAGACUGAAAGGAAUCUGGGAUAUUACCUGUUCUUUUACAAGAGGGUGCUGGAGCUGUGGGAAUUUCAGGUUUAAUAUCUCUGGCAUAUUGUGUGAAAUUUGUUAACUUUGCAGCAGUAGUCCAAUGCAAUACAUGCACAUAUAAAAAACACAAUUACAAGAAGUAUAUAUGUAUAUAAAAUAGUUAAUGUAAAGUAGUGCAAAAACAAAUAAAUUUUUUAAAUUAGUGAGGUCGUGUUCAUGGGUUCAAUGUCCUCUUUGAAAUGGGAUGGCAGAGGAGAAGAGGCUGUUCCUGAACACUGAGUAUGUGCCUUCAAGCUUCUGUACCUCCUUCCUGAUGGUAGCAAUGAGAAGAGAGCAUGUCCCAGGUGGUGGGGUCCUUACUGAUGGACGCCACCUUCCUGGGGCACCGCUCGUUGAAGAUGUCUUGGAUACUACAGAGGCUAGUACCCAUAAUGGAGCAGACUGAUUUACAACUUUCAGCAACUUUGAUCCUGUGCAGUAGUGCCCCCCCCCCCCCCCUCCAUACCAGAUUGUGAUGCAGAAUGACAGAAAAAGAAACGUGUGGGGAAGAGGGGUGGAUACAAAUGGAGGUUAUACCGAAAAAUAAACUUCAGAUGCUGGAAUCUGAAACAAAAAAAAAUGCCGUAAGAGCUUGAAUCAAUGUAGCAUACUGAAUGAGAAACCAGUUUAACAAUUUAGUCCAGGGAUUCUUCCUCAGAGCUGCCACAUUUGUAUCUAUCUGAACAUCAAAAAAAGUGUUGGUGCUUCAUUCUGUGUACUUCCAAGCAGCAUUUACUCAUCUAUAAACUCCAUGUCAAAACCCACUCAGUUAAAGCAUGAUGAAUUGCAGAGUUGAGUUGAAUGGCUGCCUUUGACAAUGUGACAUCAAGGAACUCGAGUAAAACUAAAGAAUCAGCAAGAGGAACAGCAUUUGAAGUUGUACUUGAUACAAAGGACGAUGGUUAUGAUGAAUUCAGUCAUUUCCAAGCACACAAUAUCACUAAGAUUUCUCAAGGUGAUUUUCUGUACAUCUAUCUUCAGAUGCACAGGUGACUUACUAAGUAGAAUAUUAUACAGCUGGAGGCUGCAGGAUCUAGAUAACAUUCAUGCAUGGAUUGAUCUGUGGCAAGUAAUGUUGAUGCCUCAAAAGAGCCCAACGAUAAAUGUAUUACCAUGUCUACAUCUCCCUUCAUUGAUAUCCAGGGAGUCACUGUUGACUAGAAACUAACUAUAAAGCCAUCUACAUAAUACAAUUACUACAAGAGCAUAUCAAAGGAUUGAUUCACUGUAAGAAGUAAUUGGCCAUCUAUUCAAAGUUUUAAUAGUUUUAAUACAAGCCUUGUAAGAAGAGUGAUGGAAUAUUUUCCCUGUGCCUACGUAAGGAAACUCCAACUCAACCACUACCUUUAACAUUAAUUGCACUUAGCUUUAGAGCACAAAGUACUGUCUAUAUAAUACUGCAGUUACUCAUCCAGGUAUUUCAAGCAGUGCGCUCUUGCAGCUUGAUGAUCAAGAAAUACAAGGAAAGUAGAUAUCUGGGAGUACUAUCAGCUCCAGUUUCCUAUCCAAUUCACACCACCUGGCUCAUGCAUUUAAUUUCUUCAUUCCUCAGUCUAAAUCCUGCAAGUAAAAACUAGGAUUGUCGGUAAUGCCAAAACCUGGAAAGUAAACAGCUCAAACCUUUUUCAACCUCCCAGUGCCCUUCUCUCCUUAGCAUUCCACUCCACCCCCAAAUCCUCUGCAAUGACAACCAUUUUCCUUUCAUAAACACAAAGUACACUGCAGAUGCUGUGGUCAAAUCAAGACAUACAAAAAAGCUGGAUGAA